ACCCACCCCCUUCCUUUCUCUGGGCUCAGGGAAAUGGAGACGCAGCGCGGGCUGACCGGCGCCAUGUUACAGUGGGCGCUCGUGAGGCGCGGAGCCUUUUCUGUUGUUUAAAUGUUGGAUUUCCUCCUCUUGUUGUUGUUGUUGUGAUCGUCGGAGGUUUACGCGGAGGGGGGCAUAGGGAGGUUUUUGCUUUUGAGGGAAUUACGCGCGUUAAGCCAGACGCAAUGUCGGCACCUGGAGAUCAGGCCAUGGGUGGGACCCCCCACCCAGGCCUCUCUCCAGGGCCCGGCCCGUCCCCCGGCACCAUGAUGGGUCCCAGCCCUGGCACCAUGCUGGGCCACAGCCCUGGCCAGAUGGUGGGGCCCAGUCCUGGUGGGGCCAUGAUGGGACCUUCACCGGGGCCCAUAAUGGGGCCCAGCCCAGGACCUGGGCCCUCGCCCGGCUCCAUGCACGGAAUGAUGGGCCCAAGCCCCGGACCACCACCCAGUGGGCACCCCAUGGGCAUGCCAGGCGCUGCGGGCUACCCACCGGAAAGCAUGUACCCCAUGCACAAGUCAAUGGAAUCCAUGCAGGACAAAGGCAUGGUGGACGAUCCGCGCUACGGGCCGAUGCGCCCGAUGGGCAUGAGGCCGACGAUGUCGAGCCUGCCUCCACCGCACAGCCCCAUGGAUCAGCAUUCCCAGGGUUACCCGUCGCCACACCCAUCUCCGAUGAGCGGCGCCGAGCAUGCCUCCAGCCCCAUGCAAGGCGGCAUCGCACCUCCGCCAGCCGCGGGUCCGUCUGGGACCCCCGACCCAACCCAGGGCGCCGUCGCAAGCAAGGGCACCUCGCCCUCCUUCAGCCCCCUCCAACUGCAGCAGCUGCGUGCUCAGAUCCUGGCUUACAAGCUGCUUGCCCGGGGCCAACCCUUGCCCGAGAACCUGCAGCUGGCAGUCCAGGGCAAGCGGCCGCCGCCGGGACCACAGUCGUCCCACCAGGCACCCCCGCCCGGUCCUCAGAACCUCCCGCCGCAGUUCAGCCGUCCACACGCAAUGGGUAUUUCCCCAAUGCCUGGAGGUGCAGUACAAGGGCCUAUGUCCACUGGCAGUAGCAAACCGUGGUCUGAAGGUCCCUCGCUGAGUUCGGUGGUGUCGAGCAGCACGCCCCAACGCCACCCGACAGCCGGCCGACCCUCUCCUGCCCCACCACCCUCCGUGCCCCCGACAUCUGUGCCGGGCGGAGUGCCGGGUACCCCACAGGGGCAGUCGGCCCCCCACCCACAGAUGACGCCGCAGCCGUUAGGGCCCGGUCCAACGCCGCACGGACCGAUGGCUACGCCGGGCCAUGUUGGGUCGAGCGUGCCGCCUUUCCAGUUACGCCAGAACCUCAUCACGCCCAUCGCCAAGCCACAGGGCCUCGACCCUGUAGAAAUCCUGCAGGAGAGGGAGUACAGGCUACAGGCUCGCAUCGCCCACCGCAUUGAGGAGCUAGAGAACCUGCCUGGGUCACUGCCGGGCGACCUGCGCAACAAGGCCACCAUCGAGAUCAAGGCGCUGCGCCUCCUCAACUUUCAGCGUCAGCUACGGCAGGAGGUUGUUGCCUGCAUGCGGCGCGACACGACGCUCGAGACGGCGCUCAACGCCAAGGCGUACAAGCGCAGCAAGCGGCAGACGCUGCGCGAGGCGCGCAUCACCGAGAAGCUGGAGAAGCAGCAGAAGAUCGAGCAGGAGCGCAAGCGCAAGCAGAAGCACCAGGAGUACCUGAAUAGCAUCCUGCAGCAUGCCAAGGACUUCAAGGAGUUCCACCGAACGAUGACGGCCAAGGUGCAGAAAGUGACUCGCGCCGUGGCCACGUACCACGCCAACACAGAGCGCGAGCAGAAGAAGGAGAAUGAGCGAAUCGAGAAGGAGCGCAUGCGGCGCCUCAUGGCAGAAGAUGAGGAAGGUUACAGGAAUCUUAUCGACCAGAAGAAGGACAAGCGUCUGGCGUACCUGCUGAUGCAGACGGACGAGUACAUUGGUAAUCUCACGGACCUGGUGCGCGAGCACAAGAUUCAGCAGGCUGCCCGUGAAAAGAAGAAAAAGAAGAAAAGGAAGAAGAAGAAGCAGGAGGAGAAUGGAGAGAAUUCUAAUUCAGGGAUGGGUCCGGAUGGAGAGCCACUGGAUGAGAGCAGUCAGAUGAGCGACCUCCCGGUCAAGGUCAUCCAGACGGAAUCGGGCCGCAUCCUCACAGGCCCGGAGGCCCCUAAGGCCAGCCAGCUGGACACCUGGCUUGAGAUGAACCCUGGGUAUGAAGUUGCCCCGAGGUCGGAUAGCGAAGAGAGUAGCUCUGAAGAGGAUGACACGGAAGAUGAGGAUGAAGAUUCGUCUCAGCAGCAGGCGCCUCCUCCCGGCGAGGAGACCACGAAGAAAGGAAAGCGGUUGCCAAACCCCGACACCGAGGACGUCUCUGAGGACGACGCAAAGAACAUCAUCGAGCACGCCCGGCAGGAUGUGGAUGAUGAGUACCGCAGGCAGGAGGUGAGCGGAUCGCAGUCCUACUACACCAUGGCCCACGCCGUCUCCGAGAGGGUGGAGUGCCAGUCGUCCCUGCUUGUCAACGGCUCCCUCAAGAUGUACCAGGUGCAAGGCCUCGAGUGGCUGGUGUCGCUCUACAACAACAACCUCAACGGCAUCCUGGCUGACGAGAUGGGGCUCGGCAAGACUAUCCAGACCAUAGCCCUCAUCACCUACCUCAUGGAGCACAAGCGACUCAAUGGGCCCUUCCUCAUCAUCGUACCCCUCUCGACCUUGUCAAACUGGAUGAUGGAAUUUGACAAAUGGGGCCCAUCCGUGGUGAAGAUAUCUUACAAGGGUUCUCCUAUUGCGCGGCGAGCAUUCAUGCCACAGCUUCGCAGCGGAAAGUUCAACGUGCUGCUCACCACGUACGAGUACAUCAUCAAGGACAAGCACGUGCUGGCCAAGCUCCGCUGGAAGUACAUGAUUGUGGACGAAGGACACAGAAUGAAGAACCACCACUGCAAGCUGACCCAGGUGCUGAACACGCACUACAUCGCGCCACGACGCCUUCUGCUCACGGGAACGCCGCUGCAGAACAAGCUGCCCGAGCUGUGGGCCCUGCUCAACUUCCUGCUGCCCACCAUUUUCAAGAGCUGCAGCACCUUUGAGCAGUGGUUCAACGCCCCCUUUGCCUUGACGGGAGAAAAGGUGGACCUCAACGAGGAGGAGACAAUCCUCAUCAUCCGCCGUCUGCACAAGGUGCUGCGCCCCUUCCUCCUGCGCCGCCUCAAGAAGGAGGUCGAGUCCCAGCUGCCCGAGAAGGUGGAGUACGUGAUCAAGUGCGACAUGUCGGCGCUGCAGAAGGUGCUGUACCGACACAUGCAGGCCAAGGGCGUGCUGCUCACCGAUGGCUCAGAGAAGGACAAGAAGGGCAAGGGUGGUGCCAAGACUCUGAUGAACACCAUCGUACAGCUGAGGAAGAUUGCAAACCAUCCUUACAUGUUCCAGCACAUCGAGGAGUCGUUUGCGGAACAUCUUGGCUUCCCCAACAGCAUCGUGCAAGGGGCUGACCUAUUCCGCGCAUCUGGGAAGUUCGAGCUACUGGACCGCAUCCUGCCCAAGCUGAGAGUCAGCAACCACCGAGUGCUGCUUUUCUGCCAGAUGACCUCCCUCAUGACCAUCAUGGAGGACUACUUUGCCUUCCGCAGCUUUCGCUACCUGCGCCUUGAUGGCACCACCAAGUCGGAAGAUCGCAGCAACUUGCUGAAGACGUUCAACGAGCCCAACUCUCCCUACUUCAUCUUCCUGUUGAGCACGCGUGCCGGAGGGCUGGGUCUCAACCUCCAGGCCGCAGACACUGUCAUCAUAUUCGACUCCGACUGGAACCCCCAUCAGGAUCUGCAAGCGCAGGACCGUGCCCACCGCAUCGGGCAGCAGAACGAGGUGCGCGUGCUGCGCCUCUGCACUGUAAACAGCGUGGAGGAGAAGAUCCUGGCGGCCGCCAAGUACAAGCUCAACGUGGACCAGAAGGUCAUUCAGGCCGGCAUGUUCGACCAGAAGUCGUCCGGCCACGAGCGGAGGGCGUUCUUGCAGGCGGUGCUGGAGCACGAGGAGCAGAAUGAGGAGGAGGAUGAGGUUCCGGACGAUGAGACGGUCAAUCAGAUGAUCGCCCGGAGUGAGGAGGAGUUCGAGAUGUUCAUGCGCAUGGACCUGGACCGGCGGCGGGAGGACGCACGCAACCCCCGGCGCCGGCCGCGCCUCAUGGAGGAGGACGAGCUGCCCAACUGGAUCAUCAAGGACGACGCGGAGGUGGAGCGGCUGACCUGUGAGGACGAGGAGGAGAAGCUGUUCGGCCGUGGCUCCCGGCAGCGCAAGGAGGUCGAUUAUAGCGACUCGCUCACCGAGAAGCAGUGGCUCAAGGCGAUCGAGGAGGGCAACUUGGACCUGCUGGAGGAGGAAGUGCGCAUGAAGAAGGCACGCAAGCGGAAGCGCGAUCCUGACACGCCGGGGCCGAGCCGCGAGCGUGUGGGGGCGGCCCCCGAGCCGGAGGAGAAGGCGAAGAAGAAACGCGGCCGCCCCCCCGUGGAGAAGCCCGUGCCCAACCCGCCCGCCCUCACACGCAAGAUGAAGCGUAUCAUCGACACUGUCAUCAAGUACCGCGACAGCUGUGGCCGACAGCUGAGCGACGUGUUCAUCCAGCUGCCAUCGCGGAAGGAGCUUCCAGAGUACUAUGAACUCAUCCGCCGCCCUGUGGACUUCAACAAGAUCAAGGAGCGGAUCCGAAUCCACAAGUACCGAAGCAUGGACGACCUGGAGAAAGAUGUGAUGCUGCUUUGUCACAAUGCACAGACUUUCAACCUGGAGGGUUCCCUGAUCUACGAAGACUCCAAGGUACUGCAGGGAGUGUUCCGAAGCGAGCGCGAGAAGGAAGAGGAGAGCGAGGAGGAGAGCGACAGCGGAGAGGAGGAUGAGGGUGACUCCGACAAUGAGAGUCACAGCGUGAAGGUGAAGAUACGGCUGGGACGGCGGGAUCGCGGGCGCGACAAGGGCAAAGCGCGCAAGCGGCCGAGCCGCCCCGCCAAGGUCAAGCCCGUGAUCAGCGACGAGGAGUCCAACGAGUCUCAGGACAACCAGGUGGGGGCCGCGCACAACGCGCCGCCCGCCGGGAAACCUGGGCGAGCGUCGACUCCGUUAACGGCGCCAGCCUGUAACAAUGACAUGGACGAUUUGAAAAAUUAAACUUCAAGCAAAGGAACGUUCGGAGGGAAGCGGUGACACCGAGGAGGAUUGAAAUCGGCCGACAGUUGGAUUGUGACCAUCCCCCGGGCUUUGCUAACUUUGUGAUAUGUACCACUUUCCUGGAUGGCGUCGAAGGCCUAUUCAUGUGCAUUUUAGAACACAAAUAAGAUUUUCACGCCUCUGCUAAUCUGCUUUUUUAUGCCCAAAGUGAGUGGCUUUCAAUGCUUCAUUUUUUUCGUGUGCAUGUGUUACAGUGAGUGUCAACAAAAAAUAGCUGGUUGUUAUUUUGGUUAUGAGCAGCCUAGUCCAGCAACAAUUACCCUUCGGUCGGAUCUUGGCAUUUGGGAUGCGUCCUCUUUACCAGUGAACUUGAAAGGCAUUGCAACAACUUUUUCGUGUACAUGCUGACUCUGUGCAGACUUCGACAAAAAUCAAUUGAUGCACCCUCUGCAAGCUGCGGUAUGAUGAUGUCCCCCACCAGCAGUCGAACUUUCAACAUGAGGCACUUUUUCAUGUUCAUGUAUCAACGCCCAACUUCGGAGCACAUUUUCUAAUCCACCGUGGCAAUAUAAGCAUAUCUGAUAUGCUUUCUUUUUGGCUGGUUGCAUAAGACAUCUUUAAGUAUAAUGUUCCCAGUUUGUCAAUAUAGUAGUUUAAAGGGCAAAAACAACUUUAUGCGUUUUAUGCAACUGGUCAGAGGGCAUACAAUGCAUGGUGCGACUUUAUGGAAUGAAACCAUAGUACUGUGGACAGCAGUUUGGUAGAAGUGUUGGCCGGCCAGCCAUGCUGUGGUAGAUUCAUGUGCCACUGUAGCAUGGAUUUUGCCUUCUCAUACUCGACACACACGCCAAAGUGACAUUAGUUUAAUCCUGCAACCUUUUGCAACCAGGUUAGAGUACAUGCAAGCAAACAUGUCCUGCUGUGAAUAGUGGACUUGAUUUAAAAAUACGUGGCAUAGGGUACCGUACACAAAAGAGAGGGGGGAGGGGGGGGGGGUUUGCAUUGGAGCGAUUCUACUGCAGCAACUUUUGUGCAACGACGAUGGAAAGAAAAUAACUGCAACGUAAAUGUUAGUGCGUUGCUGCAAAACUGCUUGUACGGCAUAGACUCAAUGGAGUUGACUAGUAUAGCUAGGUUGGCCACACGGGACGUUGAAAUCUUGAGAGGAGGGUUGAAGUAGCGAAAUAAAUAGGCUGAACAAUCAAGACUGUACCAGGCUGUAGCCAUAGUAGGGUACACAAGAAUAUUUGUUUUCUUCAAUUUGGUCUGUAUAGCAUUUGUCGCUGUAGGAACGUACGGUUUAAGAGCCAUUCGUUCGAUCGUUUUUAGUUCAGUGUGUUUCGUGAGAAUGAACAGUUGGAUGAUGUUAAUGGGAUCAACUGUGGAUGAAUGGGGACGAUGUUCGGGUUACUCAUAUUAAACUGUUCAGUAGCUCAUCCUAUUCUUUAGUCAAGCCAUGUUAUCUAUUUACCAUAUCUCUGUAGCUUAACUUUCCAAUACUUUGAUGUAUGGCACCAGUCAUUUAAUAAAAAAUAAUAUUAUAUU